UCGAGAAAUCGAUGCACAUUUAUCGGACAAAGAUUACCAUGUGGUCCACACGUAUGUUUUGUUGAACUGUGAAGAAGUUCUACCGUUCGAAAGGAUUUUUGAUGAUCAGGUAUUCAAUACGUACGGUGAUGUAAACGAUGAUCAGUUAAGCCAGAUUAAAGAGAACGGAUUCGCAACCUGGUUAAAAGAAUUUAUUGAAUCAUUGCAAGAAGAUCAUCCAUUGUGGUUACACGAGUUAGUUCAAGGUCCCAUUCGGCUGGUCAAAUGUUGGCCAAUGUUCUCUACGAGAGGAUAUUUAUUUCAUACAUAUGAACAUGGACAACAUCGUUCGACGGCAAUGUCCGUCGGUUCUACGAGUUCUUCAGGAGACACACCGUCGAUCGGACGGUACAUAUGUGAAUGAGCGGGUCCAGGAGAUCGAGGAGUUGGUGCAGUCCAAGAUCGACGAUAAAGUCUCCCAGAUGGACGAGAGUACUGCUUCUACACAACUCUCGACAACCGAAGUUAACAGCCUAUAUCUAGAGGUUGUCCAUCCGGAUGCCAAGGGCCGUAUCUAUGGUAUCGGCACCUUGGCAUCUCAACUGGGCGGGGGAGAAACUUCUGCUCCGGCGAUUACUCACCAUGUCGCGCUAACGCGUCAAGUGGAAGAGUUGAAACGCUCCCAAGAGCGGACGAAUGCAGAACUGGCAGAGGCCCGGGCGAAGAUCGAAGAGUUCGAGCAACAUCGGGAGAAGCUACAGAAGCUCUCCGAGACCGAAGCGAGGAUCGUACGCUUCGAGGAGAUGAUGCAGCGCCUCACACCGUUCAUGCCGCCUAUAUUCGACCAGUAUGGCUUUCCGACGACAUCUCGGCAGCCAGAUGCUCGUGAGGAUGAUCCAGAGGACGCACCCACCAAUCUCGACAACGAUGCACCGGUAGAUCCGUAG